GACCGCUGUAUGCGUUGGCCUCCAGGCGUGGAAUGGAUUGGCUGGGGGCAUUGUCCUCUGGGUCAAAUCACAUUGCAUCGACCUCACUCUUAACGUUGCGUCAGCUGAAUGCUUUGGCUCAUAUAUGUCUGAAUUAUGCUGUUUCCUUGUCCCUUGCAUGCGCGAUCGACUUAUUCAGUUUGUUUCUUUCACAUUUACCAAAUGAUUGGGAUUCACACGGUUUUUCUUCUGGGAUCUUCCACUCAUCUACCCUUGCCAGUUUGGUGUGCCAAGUCCACUAACUGGUCACUUGCGUCCAUUGGAUGUGCUGGUGUUGUAUCCCCUUGUGCCGUACCCGCUUACGGCCUUAUCGCAAGCUGUCUUUUCAGCGUUUGGGCCUGCGUUCAGUCCGCCAUGUCGAUCUGGUUCCCGAGGGUUAUUGAGGGUUCUGGAUUGGUUACAUCGGAUGAUCUAUGCGCUUCAGUUUGUCCGCUCUCUCCUUUCUACUGCACGGUACCCGCUGUCAGCUCUAUGAUGCUGUCAUUUCUGCGCUCGAACAGCCAUGCCGGUCUAGUUCCCUUGAGUUCUCAGGGGUCCUGGAUUGUUUUUCAUCGGUUGAUCCACUUGUGAAGGUCCUUUAUCUAUAUACUGCCUUUCUGGAUUUUGGCUUCGAUGCUGUGUUGGUUUCUUUAUUCAGGUGUUUCAUGAGUGUGUUCUCCGAUUGUGGGUUGGUUUCAUUGCCAACAAUCGGGCACCUCACUUCUACUUGAAUCUUUCCACUUCCCCUUUUCUUCUUUUUCACCACCUUCCCACCACUCCUCUCUACUAGCAUGUUACCGGGUCGUGUCCUCAAUUCAGAA